CUGUUUGUUUCUUUUCCAUUUACUUUAAAGGACAAGGGUAGCACGAUCUCCCUUGCGUCGAGACCUGGAAUUGUGACAAAAAUUAAGUUUGACUUCAAAGAAUCCACUCUUUACAUCCACUUUGGCGAAGUGAGUAAGGCUCCAACGAAGAUGGAGGGCGGUGCUUCGGCAUACCAGGUCAGAAUAGCGAUUCUGUUUAAGAGGAAGAAGCGUUGGCAUUCCAAGGUAUACGACUCUCCAAAUCCAACAAUUAAUGAAACCGCCGUCUUUAAAGAAAUGAACUUAGGUGAGUUCAAGGUCAACUAA